GGCCUAGUAAGACAGAGAAGACUGUAGAGGACGUGCGGAGGACGUACGGGAGGGCUAACACUCAGCAGGGGGUGUAAGAGGUAAAGACAGGAACGGGAGCAAGAAUGGUAACCGUAACGGGAAAGAGAACGGGAAUGGGUUUGUUCCAGUGUGCAGCGGGCGGGCAUCGCGGCGGCGACGCCGUUUUGCUGCUCCUGUAGAUGGUGUCGUUUGUGCACCAGUCGGUGUGUCGAACGUGACGUUCAGGUUAAUAAAAGCUUACACCCUAAAUGAUGAUUAUUAUUAUUAAUAUUGUCUUAAUUAUUAACAUCAAUAUCAUAUCACUAUGAUAUGUUGUGGGUCAGUUUAUAUAAUACUGAUGGUUAAUAAUUGGCGGUUUCAAGGUAAUAAUAUAUAGGUUAGAUUGUGAAUCUGUGUAGAAGAUUGGAUAGGAUUGAAAAGGAUAUAAUAAAUCAAGUGCCGCACCUAGUCUCUCUAAAAAGUGAGAAGAUAAUAAUGAUGCGAUCAAAAUUUAAUAGAAUAACCCAAGGGCCUCCUUGAUAACGUUUAGCAUCAUUUCAUCAACUGUGUGAUCAAUGUGGUUAGUGGAGAAUUGGUGAUGUAGAAGAUGGUGAUGGUGCAGUGAUACACAUUUAGAUCUGGUGUGAUUAAAAGCAAGUGAGAAUAAAAAAGUACGAGAGAAUAGAGGAAGAGAAAGAGAGUGUAUGUAUGUAUGACAUUCAAGUAUGAAGGGAAAUUGCGUUAUAUUUGUGUGGAAGAUGAUGGCAACGCUCCUGGUGCUGAUUGCAGCAUCAACGUCGUCCACAAGGGCUCACCGUCCUGUACCUAGUAAUCCUGUAUUACCACUUCCCAGUUCUGCCUCGCCUGUGUCUACGCUUGCAGGUUCCAAUAACUCAACUCAUGUAAACACAGACAAUCAUGAUGAAUACGAUGGCUACAAUGCAACACUUCAUCAUCAUCACCACUUUGCCAAGACAGAGUAUGGUGAUGAGAUUGAAAAUAUAACAGACAAAGCACCACUUUUUCCUAAAGAUUUAUUUACAUUUGAAGAACGACGACGUGGUGCUGUGAUUCUUCAUGUGCUUGGUGUUGUCUACAUGUUUGUCGCACUAGCAAUAGUAUGUGAUGAAUUUUUUGUACCGUCACUGGAUGUAAUUAUUGAGAAACUUGAAAUAGCUGAUGACGUGGCGGGAGCAACAUUCAUGGCAGCAGGAGGUUCAGCUCCUGAACUAUUUACUUCAAUCAUCGGUGUCUUCGUGUCAUUUGAUGAUGUGGGUAUUGGUACUAUCGUCGGGUCUGCUGUAUUUAAUAUUCUAUUUGUCAUUGGCAUGUGUGCCAUAUUUUCUAAGACGGUUCUAUCUUUAACGUGGUGGCCGCUAUUUCGCGAUUGCACUUUCUACAGCGUCAGCUUGCUAACUCUUAUCUACUUCUUUCGUGACAACUUUAUACACUGGUAUGAAGCACUUAUUCUCUUUAGCUUCUACCUGGCCUAUGUCAGCUUUAUGAAAUGGAAUCAACCAAUGGAGAAGCUGGUCAAGAGGAUACUCUACAGAAAUAAAGUUACCAGAGUCCGGUCGACUGACCAGCUCAUGCCAUCGCACCAGAGCGCUGCCCAGGCAUUGCAGCAUCCAAAUGCAACAAAUAGCAGUGAGACAAGUGUAGGAGGGACUUCAGGUGCUUGUGGAAGCAGUGGAGCAGCAAUAAAUGCAGAUGCCGGAUGCAGUAGUCGAGGUGGAAGUAGCAGUGGGCAAGGUGUCUGUGAACAAUCAUCUCACCCAGGUGGUGGUAGUGGCGGUCAUCACUCUUCAAGAGAGAGUCACGCCAAGUUUAGGCACGGCCUACUACAAUUGAUGAUCCACACAAUUGAUCCGCUCCACGACGGUCAGUCCCGCCCCGGCAAAGUGGACGAUAAAGCUACGCAGCUGCACGCUAUAGCAUCAUUAAAAGUGUUACUGGAUGCUACGAGGCCUCAAAAUGGUGCUGCUGCGUCAACGUCAGCACAAUACUCAGGUGCUACUUCCAAAGAAACUGCUCUUCAGCUUCAGCAAGGCUCUCAAGGCACUACAACAACCACCACAACCACUACCACAGCUGGAACCACUGCUGGUAUUCAGGAACUUCCUAAUGGUGGCAUUGCUACUGGUUUUGAUGCCGGGCUUGAAUCGGGUGAAGAAGAUGAGCCACCAGAAGCACUGGAUAUGGCAUGGCCCAAUAGUCCUAAAAAGAGACUAACUUACAUUCUGGUUGCGCCUAUUAUAUUUCCUCUUUGGCUAACUCUACCUGACACGCGAACCCCAAAAGGUAAAAAAUUCUUCGCUGUGACAUUCAUUGGAUCGAUAUUUUGGAUAGCAGCGUAUUCGUACCUGAUGGUCUGGUGGGCAAAUGUUACCGGUGAUACAAUACAAAUACCACCGGAGGUAAUGGGUCUUACAUUUUUGGCUGCUGGAACCAGUAUUCCUGAUCUUAUAACGAGCGUGAUUGUGGCACGAAAGGGUUUUGGUGAUAUGGCAGUCUCUAGUUCCGUCGGUAGCAAUAUAUUCGACGUGACUGUUGGGCUUCCGGUGCCAUGGCUUCUAUAUGGUUUGAUUUACGGCAAACCAGUAGAAGUUAACUCAGUCGGGAUGGUCUGCAGCAUCGCUAUACUCUUCUGCAUGCUGCUCUUUGUUAUCCUAAGCAUUGCUUGCUUUAAGUGGCGAAUGAACAGAGGCCUCGGAUUUACUAUGUUCCUUCUAUAUUUUGUUUUUGUUGCCGUGUCACUCAUGUUUGAGUACCAAAUACUCGUGUGUCCCGUUUAGGAAAUAUUUAAACCGAGCAACGUACAACCACUCAAGUGUUCGCUGACUCACCGAUUUUAUUUCACAUAUUACUAUGUUAUUAUUCUUAUUAUUAUUAUUUAUCUUUAUUAUUGUUAUUAUUAUUAUUAUAAUAUUUAUUGCAAUUAUCGAUACUAUUUGCAAAUAUUAUUACAAAUAAAUAGUUCUCAAGUCGGUCUGUUAUUUAGUAAGCUCUGUAAAUAUGUAUAAACCUUGAAGUUAUUAUCAUGCAAUUUUUUUAUUGUAUGAAUUUGUAAACGGUUUUAUAAAGACGUCUGCAUUUAUUUAUUUAUUUACUUAAAAGAAAUGAUAUUAGUUUAAUUUUGACACAAUAAACUCUCAAUUGUUUGAACAAUACAAAACACUUAUCAAGAAGUUAGAGUAGUUGAUAAGAAUAAAUUUUCGCAAUUUUGUAUUUAAUAAAUAAAUAUACUAAUAUAAAUCGACUGCGAGUGAAUUAGAUAUUUGGAGGAUAUUAGUAUAGAUUAUGAUUCAGUAAAUGAGGUUUUUACGUUCUUACAAUUGAGUGUCACGAUAUUCUAAAAAAAAAAAAAAUUUGAGACUUUAAAUAUUUUAUUGAAACAUUACAUUUCAUGUAAAUAAUAAAAAUAAUGAUGGAGUAUUAUUGAAUGAUCGAAUAUGUGUAGAGAAUGCUUAUGAAUAAAUUGAACAAGUACAGUAGCUAAGAAAUAAAAAGUAAAAAUAAAGCUUGAUAUACAUAAAUGAAAGAAUUUUUGCAUAAUCUAUUAAAUCAUGAAAUAUAAAAAAAUAAAAAGAGUUUUUUGACUGCUUCAUUGCAGCCUUAUAGCUUAAUUAAAAUCGCCAUUUAACCGUGAUUAAAAAAUUUGUUGUACAUUGUAACACCAUAAAGUCAUUAAUGAAAUUUAUAAUAAAACAAAAAGACUUGAAUGAUUAACAAAAAAAAAGUAAAAUACAUAAUUCAUACAAUAAUGAAUAUAGUUUAUGUAAAAUAUUGCAUUUCAAAAAAAUGAACUGUAUAAAUGUUAACACAUUCAUUAUAUAAUGGUAUUAUUGAAAACAGUGGUUCAAAGCGUAGAAAUAUUCAUAUUAAAAAGUUGAUUCUUACACAUAAAAUUUAGUUCGAUACUUAUAUAUACGUGCAUAUUAA